UUAAAAUUUCGAAAUUCAGUGAAAACAUCCAUUUCUAGUGAAUUACUUAUCUUUAGUGAAAAUAAUUUAGAUUUUAUGUCAUAGAUUUAAUGUUAAGUGAAAAAAAAUUUUGGUGAAUAUUUCACUUUCUAAUGGGACAUUUUAGUAUGAUUUUGGAUUUUUAAUGAUAACUUAGAUUUUUAGUGAAGUUAUAGAUUUUUAGUGAAAAUAUCGAUUUUUAGCGUAAAGAAAUAUAUAUUUUUAACGUAAUUAACGAUAUUUUAAUAUUUUUGGUUUCACAAAAUUAAUUUAGGUUAUCCGUGAAAAUAUCGAGUUUAAAGUUAAAAAUUCGAAUUUUAGUGAAAACAUCCUUUUCUAGAGAAUUACCGAUCUUUAGAGAAAUUUAAGCGAUAGAUUUAAUGUUAAGUGAAAAAAAUUGGUGAAAAUUUCACUUUCUAAUGCGACACUUUUUUAAGAAUUCGGAUUUGUAAUAGAAAUUUAGGUUUUCGGUGAAAAUUUUAUCUUUUUUUAGUGAAAUUCUUGAUAAAACUAAAAAUAUGCGAAAAUUCUUUAACGUCGUGAAAAUUAUGGAAAUUACAAAGAUGACAAAUGGAGAAAAUUUCGAUUUAAAUUGAAGUGCAGAAUAGGGGUGAUUAUAAACUCUAAUCAAUAUCGAUAACAUGUAUAAACAUUUUCCAUUUCCCUAGCAACAUUACAGUUAUUUACUACUGUCAAACAACAAAUUGAUUCAAAUAUACAAAUUUUCUCUUUCAAUUUAGUUUAUAAUCUGUCCAAUUUAUAAGAAAAACCCAUUUUUGUUUCCAUUAACUAACGCUAAAGAAUGUUAAGAGUACGUAAUCAUUCCUAUGCGCCUUAUUUGGAAAGGGAGGGACGUCUUAUAUGUCCCAUGCCAAAACCUAAUAAUAUUGAAUCCAACAAAUGUUGGCAUGCAAAUUUGAAGCCUCAUGAACGUCUUUACUAUCAUCAAACCUUGGCCUCUGUUAGAGGUUGCAAGCGGUUUAUGGCCUGUGCAAAAAUACCAAAAGAUUCGCUAGAUUUUCAAUUGCAAUCACGUUAUGUACAUUCGCGUGAUUAUUUUCCCGAAAAGGUAGAUUUUGUUUUGCAAGUGGAGACUUGCCAGAGAUUACCGCAAACAUUUCGGGUUUUAAGAAAUACCCGUGAUAUACCCCUGGAGAAACCGGAAUUGAUUGGGCAUCCUUUGAAGAUAGGUGGUCUCAAGGAAAAAUUGUCUCCUCAUAGUGUUAAAUUAAUAAAUAGUGGUCCUCAUACCCAACUGGUCAACAAUGGCUAUUCGCGUCAACCAGCCGAUGGUAACUUUUUCCGCUAUUAAAUAUAAAUAUUAAAAUUUUCUUUUUAUAAU